AUGUCGACGAUCCCAUCCACUUCCUCGAACGAGGCUCUGCUGAAGCAGCGAUUAUGGGCCGGUCACAUCCCCGUUGUGUUCAAUCUCGACGCAAAUGAGGUUACCAAACUGCACGCACCUCAACCAUUCUACGCAAUGGUGCCUCGUAUGAGCUAUUUGGUGUCUCAGACACGAGAUGUUGUCGAGUAUUUUAGGGAAGCAGCACCACCUAUUUCUACUAUGCAGAAAUCAUCCAUCUGGUUUGAGGUUAAAGGUAUUCCAUUGCAUUGGCAUUUGCCUUUUGGACUGCUCCGCGAUUUACUAUGUGGUCCUGGAACGGCGGAUCUACCUUGGGCUCUGACUGUCCACUUUCUGGGCUUUCCCUCUGAUAUUCUCUUACCUUUUGAAAAUGAAAAGAGCGUGGAGUCGCACUUUAUGCAUAGUCUCAAACAGGCCACGUUCCUAAGGAUGGGGUCUACGAAAGCUGUCAUGGGCUUGCCUGAAGCCCAGCAAACAAAUAUCUGGACCAGUAUAUCACAAAAUGACUAUGAGAGCUAUCGGGAAGCAACACAUGAUUUGCAUUUGGAUGGAAGAGUAGACGCUUCUGCCUUGCGGCACCUUCCACUUCGAGUACAUCUUAACAACGAACCAGCAAUUCAGAUGCCGAUUGCACCACUGGAUAAUGGACGUGAGAAGACGUUGCUGGAAGUACUCUACUUUUUACUACCAGAUUUGUUUCCAGAGACAUUAUCAGACUCACAAACACACGAGUUCCAGACCGUCGUACACGGUGUGUGUGUUCCAUUAAAAGUGUCAAUUGUCGAGCUUUAUCGAAACUUUUGCUAUGGCGAUGGAUUUCUCUAUGUAGCCAUUCUCUCCAAGUCCUGA